UCUCAUUUCUAAAAACUAAGAAACCUUGUCGUUUUUAGCGUUCCAAAACAGCGCGUUGUCUGAUACUUGAAUAAACAAACUCUACAUUGAAUUAGUUCUUCUGGAAGGCUUUUAAAACCCUAGCUGGUACCAAUCUUAAACCCCUCUCCGAUUUUGAUUUCUGCUUGAAAUUGUUUUCCCCGAGAUCUCAAUUUCGAUAAUCGGAAAACGAAAAAGAUGGUUUGGUUUCAAUGCGAAGACUGUGGAGAGAGUCUGAAGAAGCCAAAGGUCCCGUCUCACUUCAAGAUGUGCAGAGCCAACAAGUUAUCGUGCAUCGAUUGUGGAGAAAUGUUUGGGAGAGAUACUGUGCAAGGACAUAACCAAUGCAUUACUGAAGCUGAGAAGUAUGGUCCAAAAGGGCAGUCAAAGUCAGCUAAUGGAACACCUGCAAAGCCAAAGGACAUCUCUAAGCAAGAGCCUGACUUUGAUAUUAAUGUCGGCUUAUCAAACCGAUAUCCAUGGUUUUGCAGUUUAUGUAACACAAAGGCUACUAGCCAGCAGACUUUGCUUGCCCAUGCGGAUGGGAAGAAGCACCGAGGAAAAGCUAAAGCCUUCCAUGCUAGGCAACAACAAGAACAAUCCACGACUUUGGAUAACAAGGAUGGAAGUGAAAAUGCGUCUAAUGUUGAUUCAGAACAGAAGAAAGUAGAUUUACCUGCCUCCUCAGGUGUUGCGAAUGGAGAAUCGCAUCCUGAGAAAAAGAGAAAGCUAGAGACUUUGGAUGAAACGAGUGAAGGCGAAGAAGCAAAAGGAAGUGAUCUAAAGAAAGCAAAGAAGCAGGACCAUGAGAAGAAAAUCAAUUGGAAGAAGUUGAUCACAUCGGCUUUGAAGUCUAACGAAGAUAAAACUUUGAAGAUGAAGAAACUGAAGAAGCUCGUUCUGGAAUCUAUUGUGGAUUCAGGCCGAGACAAAUCUGAGCUUAAGGCAGAGCUAGAACUAAAGGUGAAUUUGAGCUCCAGAUUCACAGUUGAUGGGAAGUAUGUGAAACUUGUGGCUAAAGAUUGAAUCUAAUUCUUGAGUCCAGCAACAGUAUCAUGUCUCCGACUGUCACAGUUUUGGCAUAUGAUUCAUUACUAUUAAUGUCUGUACCAAAUUUGGAAUUUUGGAAUCUCAUCAAACAUUAUUCGUAACAACUUUAUAAUAUGCCUCAGGUGACAUAGUUAUUAUCUCCAUAGUUCUGUUUUGCAGUUCACGGCGAAAAGAGAUUUUUCGAG